AAUCCAAGAGAAAACAACUCUUCUUUUUUUUUACUUACAUCUAUUUCCGGUCAACUUGUACUUACUUCCGCUUUCACCUGGGAGAGGAUAGUUUGAAAUCAGGAAUGGGAAUGAGUGUAAUUUUGUGUGUUUUGGAAGGAUAAUGGAUCUAAAUAUGCAGGACAGCAAGGGACUAAAAAUGAGGCCUGCUGAUUUUGGAAAUCGCCUCACCUUGAAGAAAACUACUAUAGCAGUCAAAAAAGACAAUGCGUCUGGAGAUGAUGAAUUUGACAAAAAAGAGUUGAACAAAGAAACAGUAGCGUCUCAUCUUGGUGCCGACACAAAUAAUACACCAAAAGAGUGUUUAAAAGACAAUACUGCAAAGACAGCCCUUUUUGCUUCGAACCAUGAAAAGAAAGACAUGCCGAUGGGUGUGAGACCCAAAGAGUCUGACAACAUGUGGGUACGACGUGAUGAGAAAUCAAUACCAGGGAACAUGCAGAAACAAGAUGGAGGUUCCAGAGUUCAGCAAUAUCAUAAGGUGGUUCCUCCAAAGCCUACAACAGAUACAAAAACAGUUCAGAAAAUCUCAAAGCAGCCUGAAAGUGACCUAUUGAAGAUUACUCCCUCGGAAAGUAAGACUGAAAGGAAUGAGGAAGCAAAAUCUAAGACUGGGGCAAACUAUGCAAAUGAUGUGAGGCCAAAGGAAAGUUCUGCGAAGGAACUGUCAAAGUCCUCGAUGAAGCAGUCACAUCAUAGGGAUGAUAGUGGACCUACAAUUGGUCUCAAAAGUGAUGAUCAUGGACUUAAGAUUAAAUCUGGAGUGUCUGUACCACAAAGAAUAGAUGUGGCUCAUUUGCUGAAGCAAAAGGACUCUUUUGAAAUUGAACUACAGCAGAUUCAGUCGAGACUGAAAGGAAUUAAACUUGACUGUCUUCCAGACAAUGGAAAGCGCAUUAUUGACUCUAUAGAAGCGAAAAAGCAGAAUAUCAGAAAGAUUGAUCAACAGAUUGAAGUAUACAUGUCCAGUGCCAAACAAUCCCAAGGUGUUGGCCAAAGUGGAGCAGUACCCAUGAAAAAUUCAGGUGAUGGUGCUAAAGUUUCAGACAGGUCAACAUCUGCUGUGGACACUCAGGUUAACAGAGUUCCUGUCUCCCGUGUCAUGGAACCAGUUCCUCACAGUGGAAAUGACCUGAAAACUGUCAGCAGUUCAUCCAGGCAUAAAGUGAUACAUCCACCUCAGCUGGGUACUCAAGGCAAGCAGGUCAUUGUUGUAAAGAAAGGGGAUGCAUCCGCUGCAAGUGUUCAGGGGAAGCAAGUAUUUGUUGUGAAAAAAGGGCCAUCAUCUCAGGUCCAGAUGUCCAACUCAGGUGUUUUGCCGAGUGCUCAUGGCAGUAGUGGUGGUGUCAGUAUGGCUCCAGGGCCACAGAGGCAGGCCAUUCUAGUGCAGCAAAGCGUCCCACAUCUCAGUCACCUACCGUUGCACCUACAGCAGUUCUUUGCAGCAAACCCUCAGGCAAUGACUUUGUAUGGAGGUAGGAUGACAGCUCAGAGGCUCCGAGAAGUUGGAUCAAUUACCACAGAGGCCAUUGACAAACUGCAUAAACAACUUGAGACCUGCCCUAGUGAUGAGACUGAAACACCUGACCCAGCUGGUUUAAAUGUCACACUCAUGCCACAUCAACGGCAUGCCUUGGCCUGGCUCUCGUGGAGAGAACAACAACACCCACCUGGGGGUAUUCUUGCUGAUGACAUGGGUCUUGGGAAGACGCUGACAACAAUUUCUCAUAUUUUGAGAUUAAAGCAAGCAAGGGAAGAAGCAACUGAUGAUGAGUGGCAAAGCAGAGACAAGGAAGUUGAAAAAUUAAACAAAGCUAUAAAGAAGUCAAAGGCUACACUCAUUAUUGCACCAGCAUCAUUAAUUCAUCAGUGGGGUAAAGAAAUUGAGCGCCGUUGUCGGAGAGGCUCACUGAAAUUUCAUCUGUACCAUGGUCCAACCAGGGAAACAAAUAUUAAAAGGCUUACUGACAAUGACAUAGUGAUCACAAGCUACAGCAUUGUGGCCAAAGAAGUGGGACAGGACAAAAGUGAAAGUGCGGAGCAGCCUGCUACUGAUGGAGCUGGGGAAGAACAAGAGGAUGCAGAUGGUCCAUCGAAGCAAUCAGAGUUGCCGUUACUCUUGAGAAUUGGAUGGGAGCGCAUUAUAUUAGAUGAAGGACACAAUAUCAAGAAUCACAAGUCGGUUACUGCAAUGUCGGUCUGCAGACUGAGGGCUGCGUAUCGUUUCGUCCUCACUGGCACUCCCAUACAAAAUAAUCUUCUGGAUAUGUAUUCUUUAUUAAGGUUUUUGCGCUUCAGUCCCUUUGAUGAACUUAAAGUCUGGAAAAGGCACAUAGACUCUGGCAGAGGUGAUACCAAGCGACUUAACACCAUUGUUAAAGCACUUCUACUGAGGAGGACAAAAGAAGAUACUUGCAAGGAAGGAAAACCAAUUGUGGAUCUGCCCAAUAGGUCAAGUCAGACCAUCGAUGUUCAUCUAUCUGAAGAGGAGCGCAGAGUCUAUGACAAGCUUUUCCGCAGAACACAGCGGAGAGUCCAAGAGUACAUUCAACGUCAUGAAGAAAAAGGUUCAGGGGUGUCUGGCCACAGCAGGUCUUUGGAAGGUGCCCCUGCACAUGGAACACCUCUUGACCGUGAAGCUCAAAAGUUUGGCCCUUCUGCAACACGGAGUACUGGGAGUGACUUGUUGGUCCUACUGCUGCGCCUCCGCCAGUGUUGCUCCCACCUCAGUCUCAUGAAAGAGCAAGUUGAUACAGAGAGCCUUGAGACUGAUGGUAUUGAGCUGACUCUGGAGGAGCAAAUGAGGAGCCUGACUUUGGGCGAUUUCACAGACGAAAAGAAGGAAGAAAAUGCUCCUCUCGCAUCCAAAUUUGACAAGAAGGCCAUGAGCACCAAGCUGAAAUGUGUGCUGGACAAGAUACAAACAGUUUCUUCUGCCGACAGCUCCAAGAAGGGAGACAAAUGUGUAAUUGUUUCUCAAUGGACUCAGAUGUUGGAGAUAGUUGGCCACCAUCUGUCUCGUGUUGGUAUUUUGUACAGUGUGAUUCAAGGGAACAUUCCAGCAAAAAAGCGGAUGGAUAUCGUUGAUGAUUUCAAUUCAAAUCCAAGAGGAGCUAAGGUGAUGUUAGUGUCUCUCCGUGCAGGAGGAGUAGGAUUGAAUCUUAUUGGUGGAAAUCACCUUUUUCUACUGGACAAUCAUUGGAAUCCUGCUCUUGAAGAGCAAGCAUGUGAUCGCAUAUACAGAAUGGGACAGAAAAAGGAUGUUUUCAUCUACAGAUACCUCUGUAAAGACACGAUAGAGGAAAAAAUAGUAGCUCUACAGCAGAGGAAGAUGUCCUUGGCUAAAUCAGUGCUCUCAGGGUCCGGUGUAAAGAGUCAGAAACUCUCAUUGAGUGAUCUGCGCAUGCUGUUUGGUGUGUGAAAAGCUGAUAAAGGCACAGAUGAGAUUCUUAUUUUUGAGAAUGUGGUGUCAUCGAAAUGCUUUUUAUGACUCUCUUCUUCAUUUGAGUGUUGUUCUCACAAUGUAUGCAAAAGGAAACACUCUUCUACUUUAUAGAUCUGUUUAUUUAUCAGUGCUUCCAGUCUUCUGUAUUUUUAUGGAAAUCCGUACUUUCUGACAGUUCCGUACUUGCUCCCCCAUCAUUAUCAACUCUAUCUGUAAAAAGUGCGAUAGCAAAGGGUUAUCAAAAUUCCGUGGCAAAAGAUCCAUUCUCGUCUUUGCAUCGUCUUGCAUAGGUUCUGGAUAUUUACAGUAAUUCUCUUGGCAACAAGUGAAUGUUAUAGAAACCUGCCAGAUUGCACAUUUCCUGCAAUUAGCCAUUGUCCAGCUAUGCAUUCAUUGAGGAUUGGUCGGCUAUACAUUGUUACCUGCGCACUGAUCAAAAUGUGGCGAGCCAUGAUAGCGAACUUAUUGUGCCCUUUUCCUCCUUUCUUUCUUUCACUAAUAUUCUUUCUGUCUAUCUUUGAUCAAGUAAAUUGACUAGGGAUUUUAGACAGAAAAUCACUAUCAGGAAGAAACUAUUUGCAAAUUUAUUUACAGACUUCAACAUAAGUUAAGGACCACCUUGACAGACAGUCCUGACUUUUUAAAAAUCCGAAGAAAAAAAAAGA